AAGGCAGAAUCGCAGCAACGGCACAAUUCUAUCAUCAAACUCCAGCCCUACGUUAUCAAUCCUGCAGCCAUUCUGAAGCCCCUUGGACUUACGGCACUGGCCUCUGGUGGAAACGGCGUAUCAGACGCCUUGACGGUUCAGGUUGCGGGCGACGCGCUUGCAACGACUCCCCAGAGCGCGCAAUGGGCCGCAAGCCCAAUCCCCUCAUUCUCGAGUACUUCGUCCGGGGACCUAAGCUCAACGACAACAGUAACCGAUAUCCGCAUACGUGCAAGCAAUGCGGUGAGAACUUUCCAAAGGGAAGGAUCGAUAGCUUGACAACGCAUAUCACCAAGAAAUGUCCCGCCAUCUCCGAGUCGGAUCGUAUGCGAGCAUGCCUCGAACUUCAUGGUAUCACCAAUGCACGAGCACCUGUCGAUCGACCGCCUCCUGAAGCGCAGCCGAACGGACAGCCAGUUGAUGUCCCAAAUCUCCCCCAAGGGUGGAGCGCCCUCGAGACACUCGCCGAAGCCUCACGACAGGUUGAUUUAAACGAGAACAAUCGUGCUCAGAGCGUACAGGCAGGCGUGGUUGACCCCGCUGACCCCGCCAACACCCAGCAUGUUCCAGAUCGCUUUGAGCUCCAUGAGCAAUUCACUCUAGAUAAUCCUCCUGUGAGCUACGAGAACCGGUCGCAGCAGGGUAACAGAGGUAAUGGCCCCUCAGAGCUUGACUUGCAAGGCGCGCUUCUCACAACAAAUGUGUUAGGUGCAAUUCAGCAACCACUCCCAGGAACCGAGUUAUCACCCGAGGAACGACUUCAAGCAUUGCUUCCUAAUAGCGUUGCUUCCCCAGACGUCUCGAACAUAUCGGUCGCCGUUGCUGCUACAGCCAGGCUAAACCCGUCGCUUCUUGACCCCCAGCUCGUUCACGAGACUGGUACCUCGACUACACCGCCGUCUAUGGACAUUCCGACCCCGAUAGAAGCCUCGCCCAGUGCCGUAACAGCUCCCGACAGUGGAAUCUCGCAACCAUGGGGCGAAAUGACAUACUUGGCGACUGCCUCGCCUGUUCCUUUACUUCACGAACAUCCACCCACACCUAUCCAAAUGAGCAGGGGUGGUGUUCGAAUGGACACAAGCGAUGGUCAACUUAAUGGGAGACCUCGACACGCGCGAUCCCGCUUUACUGCUGCGCGGCGAAAGGAGGUGCAAGAAGUACGGAAAAUAGGUGCAUGCAUUAGAUGCAGAAUCCUUCGAAAAAAUUGCGGCAAAGGAACACCAUGCGACACGUGCAGGAAGGUUUUGGCACCGAGGGUGUGGAGGACUGGUUGUGUGCGAACGAGGCUCCAGGAGCAGCUCGAUUUGUACUCGGCGGGUGUCCAGGUUGUCCUGUCCCAAAAUCGCAUCAACCUUUUGAAGAACCAGCUGAAUAUGACCCAUGAUGGUACCAUGAUAGAGGUUUCGCACUUUCCUGAAACUGGCAAAGUCAUACUCCUCGAAGCUUUGGUCGCACUGCUAGAGCCAAGUGAGUCGCUAGCAGAAUCCAGAGGCAGCAAGGAUUCAUUCUUCCAGGUUAUUAUGAUCGAUCAGGACAAGGAAGAUGUUCCUGGCAAGGUUGAGGCCUAUAUGCGCGAUGUCUUUCAACUUUUUAUCGACCGAGAGCCCUCCAAGUUCAUGCGUGUCACUCUUAGUCUUGCUCUUCAGCAAUUGCAAGAGUCAGAGGAUGAUCUACUUCGAAGGUCCUUAGAGCUAUGGGGUUUGGUGGAGAGCAUCGAUCGCGAGAGGCAGUGGAACGUUAUUGAAAGACCAGCCAAUAAGAAUGAAGAGCCCAGACGCAUCCAAGAAGCCAAAAGCGAGAACGAUGCUGACAUCUAUACGACCCUUUGCAUGCAGCUGAACGCGGCAGCUGAGAGAAAGGCCAACAACACUUCAAAGGCACUGCUCAGCGGAAUGCAUCGCGUGCUUCAGGACAGCAAGGUCAAGGUGAACUUUAAGAUGUAUCUAACGGCUAUCAUCUUCCUCAACUGUCUUGAGAAAUCGACUUGGGCUUUCAAGGCUUGGGAGCAAGAUCAUCUCCGCCCUGGAUGGCCCCUAGAACGAGACCCGGGUGUCUUCACACAGCAGGGUGGUAAUCUAGCAGGGCUGCUGAAGAUGCUUUUGGCGAUCCGCAAAGCCCUGCCACAAACACUUCGCAGUGAGGCAGGCAAGUUGAUCACCUCGGAACAAGACCCUGUUAUAGGGACUUACUUCCAAAGCAUCGAUCUGGACUACGAUACAAUCCUUGCCCGCCAAGAUGGCUCUCCCUUCUCUCCAGCAGACUCUCGAUCCCUCGAGAUGAUUCUCUGCUCUCACCUUCUCAUUACGAACACUCCUUGAAGGAUUCUUCACAGGCCGAUGCUUAUGACACUUGCAAACGUUGCGAACGGAGUAUAUUGGCAUAAAUCAUGCACGGAGGGAAGACGUAUUUGAUUUGAACCGUUUAAUGGCUAAUGACUGGACGGAAAAGAAUAUGAAUUUUGAUACCACACGAUAUAUACUAUACAUAUGUAUGACUAGGCACGGUGCCUUUGGCCCAACGUGUUAUGAGGGGAGCAGGAAAAGUCAACGAAAACAGAAUAGAAAUCAGGGGUUGUGGUUCAACUCUGGCGUUCACGGCAUAGACAAAAAAAACAAGAAACAAUAUACCUCGGGGUUUCUUUGAUGAAGGUUUCGGCGAUGGAACGGGCUUGCAGAAGUGAAGAAAGUUGAUCAUGAUUCACUUCGCUUAUGCUCUAGAGUACUACGUAUUCUUAAAUACACAGA